AUGUACUUCUUCCUCUCCAUCCUGUCCUUGGUUGACAUGGGCUUCAUCUCCACCACUGUCCCUAAGAUGAUUGUGAACAUCCACACUCACAGCACAGUCAUCUCCUAUGUGGGCUGUUUAACUCAGAUGCCUAUUUUUAUUAUUCUGGGGGCUGUGGAUUGUACACUUCUGACUGUGAUGGCCUAUGACAUGUUUGUGGCCAUCUGUCACCCACUGCACUACCUGGUCAUCAAGAACUCACACCUCCGUUGCAACUUAGUUUUGGUGUCUUUUUUGGUUAGCCUUUUGGAGUCCCAGGUGCACAAUUGGAUUGUGAUACAACUUACUUGCUUCAAGAAUGUGGAAAUUUCUAAUUUCUUCUGCGACCCUUCUCUACUCCACAAGCUUGCCUGUUCUGACGAUCUCACCCAUAACUUAAUCAUGUAUUUUCUUGGUGCCAUUUUUGGUGGGACUCCAGUCUCAGGGAUAUUUUUCUCUUACUAUAAAAUCACUUCUUCCAUUCUGAGAAUCCCCUCUCCAGGAGGGAGAUAUAAAGCCUUCUCCACCUGUGGCUCUCACCUGGUAGGUGUUUGCUUAUUUUAUGGAACAGGCCUUGGGGUGUACUUCAGCUCAGCUGUCUCACAUUCUCCCAGGAGGGAUUCAGUGGCCUCAGUGUUGUAUACUGUGGUCACCCCCAUGCUGAAUCCCUUCAUCUACAGUUUGCAGAACAGUGACAUCCAAAGGGCCAUGAGGAGGUUUCUCAGAAAGUCAGUGUAA